UUGAAUUUUGUCGUCUGCUUAAUUGCACAAUGAUUGAUUGGGUUAAUAAUGGUCUUUUUCUUUUUUCUGUAAUUAGCAAUUUGAAUUAAAUGGCAAAUAUUGUCAAGACAGAAAGUGGUAUCGAUCUAUUGCAAAGGCUCUCUGUCAGGCCUAAACUCAUAGGAUUACAAACUGAAGUCUUUGGCGAAAAUGGACCCCAACCAGGUGACGUGAUAGAGAUCUCUGAAAAGAAUACAAACCUCAAAACUGUUUUGUUGACUCAAUGGAUCAUAAGGUGUAUUCUUCCAUCAAUAUGGAAAGGAAUAAAAAUUGGUGGACUAGAAGUGGGAGUGGUUUUCCUCUCUACUGAUCAUCACUUUUCACUUCUAAACUUAGUCACUGUGCUUGAAAGGACAUUGAAAAGAAAUCUUCGUCAGUACCAUGAAUUAUUACCUGCUUCUGGGAUUUCCAUAGUUGAAGAAAUUGUCAAGGAUUCCCUCAAAAGACUUUCUGUGUAUGAAAGUUUUAAUAAGACUGAGCUACUCUUUAAUUUCUGUUCUACAAAAACCUACAUUCUCUCCCACCCUAAGUCUUCGGUUGUGAUGCUUGACAGUCUAUCAGCAUUCUACUGGGAAGACCGACUGUCAGCUUCUACAAUGCAAAGCCUUGACAAAUAUUGCCAAUCUCUUCUACUCUGCCUUAUUGAAAAAUUGAAGCAAACCAACAUUACCAUUAUAUACACUGUCCAGCAAUUCCUUAGGGAAUCUCAUGAAAGAGAGAGUGCUGAAGAUCAGUUAUUAAUAUACUCCCUAUCUCUAGAAAAUGAAUCCCAAACUAUGAUUCACAUCGAAGACAGAAGAAAUGCCAAAAAAUUUUCAAAAAAAAUUGAAAUUCUGAAAGGAGAUUUGUUAAUUAAAUAAAUAUAUUUUAA